UUACUACCAGUAAUUAGUAAAGCACUAUAUAUACGCACAUUUUUUUUGCCAAAUUGCAAAAUUUAUUUAUAUAUUUUUAAAAUUUAUUUUAGAUUUUUUUGCAAUUAGAAAAUGUGUAUAUAUAGUGGUUUACUAAUAGGCCAGGUUCCUUUUUUCUCAGCGCCCCCUGUUGUUCAGGUAUAUUAACGUUUUAGCGAUUCUUUCCGACCACCUUUUUCUUCCAAUGAAAGUGUGACAUGUCAUUUCCUCAAACAAAGGUCGUGAAAAAAUUAGGAAGUGCUUUGUUGCCGAGUCGGAUUUGGAUCGAGUCUCUGUUUCUCUCUCUCUCCGAAUGUCUCUCGAGGAUGACCUGUCGUGUCCGGUGUGCACCGAGCUCUUCAGGGACCCGGUGUUACUGAGCUGUGGACACAGCUUCUGCCUUCGGUGCAUUAACGACCACUGGGCCUCCAGCCGCUCCGGAAACUGCCCCGUCUGUCGACAGGUGUGUGCGCACGAGCCCGUGUCCAACCUGAGCCUGAGAAACACCUGCGAGUCCUACCUGAGAGAGCAGAGCGAGAGAGAAGAGAGGGACGAAGAGCACGAGUGUCCGAUACACGGAGAGAGAGUCGAGCUGUUCUGUCAAACAGAUGAGCGAGUUUUGUGUUCAGAAUGUAAGAGGCACGAGCACGCGAGACACAAAACACAACCCCUGCAACAAGCUGUGAGACAACGCAAGGCAAGGCUGAAAGCAGCUCUUCGUCCAGCAGAGAAGACCUUGUGGUCUUUACAGAACGCUGCAGCACAAGAUGCCAAGAUCUGCAGUUACAAUCAGGUGACGCAUUCCUCUUUAAAAUAAUAUUUAAUGCAUUUCUUGAUUCGUUUUGAUGCGCAAUUUCUGUGCGGAUGCGUGGAAUGAAUCAAGACGAACUCUGUGUGUGCUUGAUCAAGCCUGAGCAGAAUAUUUGAAGCAGAAAAUGUUCUCGCUUAGGCCCCGUUUAAAGGGGUCAUGAAAUGAGAAACCGAAAAUUUCAGAACUUCAG